CUAAACUGAUAUGGCCGGCGAUAAAGAUGACGAAGAUAGCAAAGCCAGAACUUCCCCCAUAAAAAUUGAUUAUACCUCCCCAUUUUACCUUGGACCCCAAGAUCGACCGGGGAAUUGUGUUACUCCCAUUCGACUUAACUGGGAAAACUACGACGAUUGGGCAUGUUCUGUGCGUCUGGCGCUAAGAGCACGUCAAAAAUUCAUUUUUGUAGAUGGCGUACAAAACCUACGAAAAUCAUUGUACGGAGGAAGACUGGCACACCAUUCAUUCCAUGCUCGUGUCGUGGUUAAUGAAUGUCAUAGCACCGGAAGUACGAAGUACUCUCUCUCAAUACGAAGAUGCAAAGCUCUUAUGGGAGGAUCUUAAAGAAAGAUUUUAUGUCGUUGGUGGAUCGCGGAUUCAUCAAAUAAAAGUGAACAUAGCAAGAUGCGAGAAGUCGGCCUCUACGACAGUUGCAAAAUAUUACAGACAAUUAAAGAUGUGAUGGUGGGAUGAAUUAAAUAAUUACGAACCGCUCUUGGCAUGUACAUGUGGGAAGUGUACAUGCAAACUUGGAGAAUUACAUGUUCAGCGACGUGAGUCGGAGCGCUUUCAUCAAUUCCUAAUGGGGUUGACUCUUGAAUUCUAUGGCCAAAUACGCUCUAAUUUGUUAUCUCAAGUACCUUUACCGACCUUGAAUAGAGCGUAUCAUCAGAUCACUCAAGAGGAGUGCGUCCGUGGAUCUAUACAGAAGAAAGAGAAUAAACCCGAGAUAAUGAGCUUUGCGGCAAUGAAUGUGGGCAAAGAAAAUCAGAAAGCUCCUAAAGUUGACAAGUCAGGAGUGGUUUGUACCCACUGCAACUUUUCGGGCCAUGAGAUUACGGGUUGUUUUCCGUUAAUUGGUUAUCCGGAUUGGUGGGGGGAUCGGCCACGUGGAAAUAUUAAGGGCGCUGGACGAGGAAAAGGAGGAACAGGGCGUGGACCUGCUGCCGUAAAGGCACAUGUAGCGGCAAGCUCAGUCCAGAAGGGUAAUCCGCAGCACGAAACUGAAGCUUCUACCUCGGCGCUUCCAGGCUUCACCGCUGAGAAGUGGCGGGCACUCACUGAUGUGUUUGGUAAAAAUACAUCUUCUAAACACAUGACCGGACCAACACUCGAGGAAGCUGAUUGGAACAAGUGAAAGAUGGGAUGGCCUGGACUAUUUCAAGCAAGAUUUUGGUCAGUGUGUGGUGGUCAAUGGAGUGGAUUUGCCGGCAGAUCUGUGGCAUAAAAGGUUGGGACACCCAUCUAAAGAUUUAAUUAAGUCUUUGUCAUCUCGUGGUAGUAGUGUUGUUUUUCCUUGCGACAUUUGUUUUCGUGCUAAAUAAACUCGUGAAGUUUUUCCGUUAAGUAAUAAUAAAGCUACAAGGAUUUUUUAGUUGCUUCAUAUUGAUGUAUGAGGUCCUUACCCGACUGUUUCAACUUGUGGUGCUAAAAGUUUUCUCACAAUUGUUGAUGAUUUUUCUCGUACUGUCUGGAUAUACCUCUUGGUUGUUAAAAAGGAAGUGUACACACGUUUCAUGUCAUUUGUUGCUUUAAUCAAAUGUCAAUUUUCUCAAAC